AUGAACAAACCAGAACCAGAACCUCAUGUUAUCCAGUUGCCAUCAAAGAAUUUCAAAUCAAAAAGAGUACAACUCGCAGAUCAAGCAACGGAAGAAAGAAAAAGUGAUAUCCGACAAUCAAAGAAAUCUUUUAACCGUAAAUGGAGACAAAGGAAAAACGAUAAUUGGAAAAAAUCUAAAGUUACAAAUGAUGAAUUAGAAAAAAAAUAUAUGAAUGGUAGUGCUCAAAAAAGAAUUUCAUUACCAUCAAAUUCUUAUCCAAAUCGAUGGUAUUCAAAACAAAUCGAAGAAGCUGGUAUAAUUGCUACAGCUGCUAAAAGGCCAGGUGAAGAUCGAGGUCAAUUUCAACGAUCAUUUGAUACUUUUAUGUUUGGAAGUCGUUCAGUUCUUCAAGAUCCACCAAUUAUUAAAUCUGGAGAUUAUAGAUUAAAAUAUAAGUCUGUUCAAGAACUGAUUGAUUCCGCUGCUGUGUCUGAUAAAAUUUAUAAAUAUCCUGUGAAUGACAUGACUGGUACAUACCAACGAUCAAUGACAAGUGCUAAACUUGGUGCUAGUACAACCUCAUCAAGGUUUCCAUUGGAAAGACGUCGUAUUUCUUCCAUGAUUCCAGUUUUACCUAACGAGAAGAGCCAAAAUCAUUUCAUAAAACCUUCAUCCUCCAUACCUGAAUCAUAUGAACAUUCUUUGAUUAAUGAUGAUGUCUUUGGUAAAAAAAGAUCUGUUGAUAGUGACAACAAUUAUUUACCACCUUCUUCGUCGUUGUCGGAAGAUGAAGAACAGUUUCACAUCCCAAAAAGGGCUCGUAAUGAAUCUGCUAAUCAAACGGAAUCAAGGAACCGCGUUGCAGGACCAAUCAGUCGUCUUCCUCCUCUGCCACCUUCGCAAGUGAAAGCUUUAGUAUCAAAUUCGGUGGACAUCUCUAAUGAACCGCAGAUAUUGGAUAACAUUAUGGCGCAGUAUCGCAGUAAACGCGAAAAACUUCUGAAAGAUGAAUCAAAAAUUACCGAGGAACAAUGGUCAAAUAAGAUAGCACUACUUGAUUUACCCAAAGCAUUUAUCACAAGCACGUUGCAAGCUCUUCAAGAAAAGAAAUGUUCACGAAAAGUAGGAGUCAUUAUAGGACAGAUUAGUAAAGUUCAUUCAACCAAGCAAGUUCUUACUUUAAGAGAUUAUACAGGCGAAAUCAAGGCUUUAGUUCAAGAUAAAGUUAUCAGAGCAUAUGAUUCAAUGCUAUCUAGAGAGACGAUCCUCGUUCUAACAAAUAUUACAUUCCAAUAUACUGAAGGGUUACCACCAUUUAUCACAAUUACACUGAAUAACAUUUAUACGCUAUACGUGGAUGAACACAAUAAAAUUCCUGGAUACGGGACGAAUAUUCAUCGUAAUUAA